CGGCGGUUCGACUCGCGAGAAACGUCGAAAUCCCUACUCAAAUACACACCUGUACCUCGGUGUUCUCACGCAGUGAAAAGACGGCGAGGUGGGGCACAGCAGGAUGAAGGUUGGCGGUUCCAUGUCCGAUCAGUAUUAUUUUGUUCGUUGCGUUACACCCGUGUGCGAGGAACGAUUCGCGGCUCCACUUUGAACAGAGAAGAGAAAGAGCUUGAAAGAAAUUGGCGGAGUGUCGUCAAGAGUUUGAAGGAAAGAUACGAAGAAGAUCGAUUCAAAGGUCACGACGAAGAAGCUCGAAACGGCAAUUAUGAGAUCGGAGUUACUUCCUGGUUGAUCGUUGGCACGCGAUUUCGCUCUUGGAGGAUCGUUAGCCAGUGCUCGCUAGAUAGCCAAGGGCAUCGUAUUACAUCCUACAACGUGCUGUAGGUUCGUCGAGGACCCAUUGAUAACGCCGUCUCACCGCGGCGAUAUCGCGGCAAUAUUUCAAUCAGGCUGCCAAUAAAUUUCAUCAUGCACCGUCGGACCCUCGGUGUAUCGCUCGGGCAGUGACGUUUCCCUAGCGAGAGACGCAUUUUUAUGCGAUGCCGCGCCAACGUCGAACGUGAUUCCCUCCCACAAAAAAAAAAAAAAAAGAAAAAAGAAAAAAAGGAAAACGUGUUCGACGACAGGGGAGACACAGUGAAGGAGGGGGCGUAAUUAAAAUCGAGACGUGAAUCGAAUCAUGACGUUGGACAAAACAUUGGACGCGACGGGACAAUUUGUGAAAGUGCGAACCGAGAGUGGCGGCUUCAGGCCCGGCGAACGAUGGCGCAUUACCAGGAACGUUCUGGUGAUCGGUCUGGCGUUCAUGGUGAAUUUCACGGCGUUCAUGGGGGCGACGAAUCUGCAGAGCUCGAUCAACGCCGACGGUUCGUUGGGCACGUUCACGCUGGCCUCCAUUUACGGCAGCCUGAUCUUCAGCAACAUCUUCCUGCCGACUUUGAUCAUAAGCUGGCUGGGCUGUAAAUGGACCAUAGCGUUAUCCAUCCUGACGUACGUGCCGUUCAUGGCCGCGCAGUUCUACCCAAAAUUCUACACCAUGAUACCGGCUGGCCUGAUGGUUGGCAUCGGCGCUGGGCCGCUCUGGUGUGCCAAGUGCACUUACUUAACGGUGGUCGCUGAAACGUAUGCCACGCUGUCGGACUUGGCCCAGGACGUCCUCGUCACGAGAUUCUUCGGCCUGUUUUUCAUGUUUUACCAGAUGGCGCAGGUCUGGGGGAAUUUAAUAUCGUCUGCAGUUCUUUCGUAUGGAAUCGACACGGUGCCAACGAAUAUAACACUGAACAGCAGCAUCGUGGCGGAGACGUGCGGUGCGAAAUUCUGCGGCGCGACUUCUGACACGGAUGAGAGCCCGAAUUUGGAACGACCUCCAGAGGAAAGGAUUCACCUAAUUUCCGGCAUCUACUUGAGCUGUAUGAUAGUGGCCUCGUUAAUUGUCGCGUUUGGAGUCGACUCGCUCACGAGGUACAACAGAGGUAGAUCGGGAUCAGCGACAGGCCAGUCAGGCCUCAAGUUGCUGGCUGUGACGUUGAAACUACUGAAGGAGAAGAAUCAGAUCCUUAUCUUGCCGAUUAUAAUGUUCAUCGGGGCUGAACAAGCAUUCCUAUUCGCCGAUUACAACGCCUCGUUUGUCUCCUGCGCGUGGGGAAUCAGCAACAUCGGCUACGUGAUGAUCUGCUUCGGCGUCACGAAUGCUAUAGCUGCCCUCGGCACGGGAUCUAUUAUGAAACUAACAGGACGAAGAGCCGUAAUGAUAUUCGCGUUUUGCGUUCACAUGGGAAUUUUAAUUUUCUUGCUACGCUGGAAGCCGACUCCUGAACAAAGUCAAAUAUUCUUUCUGAUGUCUGGACUAUGGGGUCUCUGCGACGCCAUGUGGCUGGUACAAGUAAACGCUCUGUCGGGAUUACUAUUCCCAGGUAAGGAAGAAGCUGCCUUCUCGAACUUUCGACUGUGGGAGUCCACUGGUUCUGUGAUCACGUACGCGUACAGUCCUUACCUCUGCACGCAAACGAAGCUCUACUGCCUGGCAGGAAUCCUCUGUCUCGGCAUGAUCGGCUAUGGUAUAAUAGAAUGGACUGCGAAAGUUGGCAGAUCGGUUACAGAAUUGAAACCGGACUUCGAGUUGGUGACAAAUGGAGAAGCGAACGACACGACUAAACUGUGAAUCGAUGGAAAAUAAAAUCGACGAAGUCUUUCCGAUCGAAA